AUGGCUGCGAGCCCUAUCACCGAGGAUGGACGCUUUGUCCACGACAACACCGUUGCUCCCGAGCACCCGAGCCUGAUGAGCAUGUUUUCUCUGAAAGGAAAGACUGCCAUUGUGACCGGUGCCGGCGCAGGCAUUGGCCUUGCUGUUGCUCAGGGACUGGCUGAGGCAGGAGCCAACAUUGCGCUGUGGUACAACAGCAACCCCAAGUGCGAAGAGCGCGCCGCCGAGAUUGCGCAGAAGUACGGCGUGCAGGCCAAGGCCUACAAGGUCCAGGUUACCGAUGCAAAGGCCGUGGAAGAGGCCACUCACACCGUCGUGAAGGAGUUCAAUGGCCGUCUGGAUGUCUUCAUUGCUAACGCUGGCGUCCCGUGGACUCAGGGCCCCAUGGUCGACGGCUCCCUGGAUCACUACCGCGAUGUCAUUGGCAUUGAUCUCGACGGAACCUUCUACUGCGCCAAGGCCGCUGCUACACACUGGCGUCGCCAGAAGGAGGAGGGCACCGACGUCAACGGGAAAAAACUCACCAACUUUACCUAUGGCAGCUUCGUUGCCACCGCUUCGAUGAGCGGUCACAUUGUCAACUUCCCCCAGAUGCAGUCCGCCUACAACGCCGCCAAGUCGGCUGUGAUUCACCUCUGCAAGUCGCUUUCCCUGGAAUGGGUUCGCUUCGCUCGUGCCAACACCGUCUCCCCAGGAUACAUCGCCACCGAGAUCUCGAGCUUCGUUCCCGACGACACCAAGAAGGUCUGGCGCGACAAGAUCCCAAUGGGUCGUGAGGGUGAGGCCCACGAGCUGAAGGGUGCUUACCUCUACCUUGCCUCGGAUGCCUCCAGCUACACCACCGGUGCGGACAUUAUCGUUGACGGUGGCUACUGCGCCCCGUAA